UUUCAUCUAGAAGCAUCCUAACCAAAAAAGAAAAAAGCAUCAUGGCAGGAUCAGAUGGAUUUCCUGCCAGUUUCUAUGGGGAACCAGGAGUUUUAGGCAUGCUGUCAAAUGGGAUCAGUGCAUUCCUUGUACUACUACAGAACUUCCAUACAGCUCACAAUGGCAAAGCUCCAGUCGGAGUAGAGAACAUUCUUGCAGGUGUACAUCUCAUCCUGAUUGGUGGGGUUUGCCAGUUGGUGGCUGGACUGCUCUCCUUCCGUAAAUACGACCAUCUGAGCGGUACUGCUUUCAUUGGCUAUGCUGCUCUUUGGGGCAGUUAUGGUGCAACCAGAAUCUACUAUGGUGCCUUGUCUGAAAAUCCAAAUAUGACAUCAACAACAGAUCAGAUGCUGAGCAAUUCAUCCCUCAACAUGAUGAGCAACAUGUCUCUCAAUGAUUCCAGGCAGUGCUACUUAUGUCUGUCCAUAGAAGAGUCAGCCAUUGCUGGGCUAGUUCCCUACAUCCUGCUCUCAUUUCUUCUUGCAUUUUGCUCUGCCACAGUCAACUACAUCAUGCCUUUUGUUUUUGGAGCCAUCACAGGGACUUUGAUCUUUGAAGCAGUAGCUCUGGCAGCAGACUCCUGGGCUCUGAUAGUCUCUGGGGUUCUGGAGUUACUCAUUUUGAUGUUUGCCAUCUAUGGUUCAGCUGCUCUUCUCAUCAAAGGUCUGACUCAGCGUCUAGCCCUGAAAGGUUUUGGGACCCCUCUCUUUAAUGUUCUUCUACUAGGGACCCCCAACACAGGAAAAGCCCAGAGUGGAGGUCAAGAGAAAAAGAAAAACACAAAAUAUGCAGAACCAAUGGCUCUAGGUUACUUCUGUGACUCCAUUGCUCCAUUCAUCUUUGCUUUCUACAGCUUUGGGUACAUGAAAUCAUUUGGCUUAGGGGUUGCAUGGGUCUCAAUCAUCUCAGUUGCCCAGCUGUUCUCCAGCUACUACGCCCAUCUGCGCCAAGAUUGCUACCACACCACAAAGUUUGGGUUCCAUGCCACAUAUUGGCUGAUCAAAGCUUGGGAUGAGUUUGUUGUGUCUGUUCUAAUAGUGGAGGAGAGUAAAGUUGUCUCUGGCAGGGAAGCAAUGGUAGGAGACUGGUUCUUUGUGGCGGCAGCCUUGGUGCUCUGUGUGGGGAGCCUGAACAUGGAUGUCCUGGAACUGAUCCAUAACUUGUUCUUUGUCCUUCUCACCAUCUCUACAAUCCCUCAGAUCCCACUGCAGGGUUACUACAUCUUCUUUGGUGUAGCUUGUUCUCUCUUCACUGCAGUCUCUAUCUAUGGGACCUUCACCCGUCUCAUCAACACCAUUGCAGAAAAGUCUCUCAUACCUGUAGGACCUCAACCAGUGUCCUCUGAGAAAUUGAAAACUGCUUUAGGAUGUAGAUCCAAACAUGGAGAUCAGGAUGUGCUGUCACAAACUGAUCAGACCUCAGAUGCUCUGUUCUAUCUUUUAAACGGGGUUGCAGCUCUGUCAGCUCUUCAUUCAAGAAAGAUGAGUUUGAACCCUUCCCUCCUGCACCUGACCAUCCCCUGGGUCCUGAUAUCUGGAGCCAUCAUCCAGGCCUAUGUCAGCAGGUUGCAAGUGACAGGAGGUGGCCGCUUUGGAUCGGUCAUCUCCUCAAUCUACAUGGUUGUCUGGGCAACAUGGACAUGGUUUAGAUUUGCAGGUAACCAGCUUCAGUUCUCCACUGAGGCAGAUUAUGGUUUUACAGCAGGAGCCAUCGCCUUCCUGGUUAUUAAUGCUUUCUUGAUAUUGAUUGCUGCUUACAGAAACUUGGUUCUUCUGUUUCUAACUACACUCAUGGAGGUGGUUCUUGUUUGCUUCCUUCUCUCCACUCUGCACAAACUGCCGUAUGAGCUUGAAAUUGCUAUGCUUGCACUGGUGUCUCUCAUAUGCAUAUAUGGAACUUUGGCUUCGUUGAUCAACUGCAUUUUCUCAACAAGAGUGUUGCCAAUGGGACCUCCCAUUUUUAAGGAAAAAAAUAAAUCAGAAUUAGAUCAGGAGACACCCUGUCCAGUGGCCAGCUCUCGCCACACCAGCGGCCUGUUAAGAAUAGCUGGGCUUCUGGACGAGGGAGGAGUGUGCGGUAUUCCCACAGACACUGUGUAUGCUCUGGCUGCCUCCUGCAAGAAUCCCCAGGCAAUAGAGAAAAUCUACAACAUUAAGGACCGACCAGCAGAGAAGCCUAUAUGCAUUUGCAUUUCCAGUGUAGAGCAGCUGGUGGCAGCCAAGCCUCCUUUCAGUCCUCUGCUGUGGGAGUUCAUGAGGAAUGUUUAUCCUGGAGGCAUCAGCUGCAUCGUCAGCAAAGGAGACUGGCUUUUCCAGCUUGGAGUGGGAGCAGCUUAUGACCGUGUUGGUACCAGGGACAGCAUCAUGAUCCGUGUCCCUGAUCAUACGGUAACCUGCCACUUAUGUGACAUGACUGGACCACUUGCUAUCACAUCAGCCAAUCCCAGUGGAGAACCAGACAGCACCCACCACAGCAUGGUCAUCAAUCGACUUGGGCACAAAAUCCAAGGGGUUCUCUGUGAUGGUGGCUCAAAUGAGGUUGUCGCUUCCACUGUGGUCAACUGUUUGAGGAUUGAUGAAGGAAUCAUCAGUAUUGUAAGGGAAGGUUGUGUUCCUGCAGCAAGGGUUCACCAGAUCUUUGACAAAGUGAGAAGUACUAUGUUAUGAUCAUCAGUUUCUGAAAGACUUCAGUUUAAUCCUGUCCUAACAUGUGCUGCAGCAGUAUAAGCUCUGCUCUUUUUUUCUUCUAUGUGACCUUUCACAAUGAAAUCUUUGGUGGAGCUUUUCUGCGACGUCAUUCCAAAUUAUGUUAAUCUUUGUGUAAGAUAAAAAAUAAUGAUGUACUUAGAAUUUUUUAUUCUGUUUUGUAAUAAAUCAUAUUGUGUGCAGAUGUUUUUUUAAAUAGG